CCGAGGGAAGCUGUUGCUAGGGAUUACAGUAAGCAGAUCUAUUCUGACCAGAGUUUAGUUCUCUGUUGCUGAUGGUCAGACUGCGUUCAAUUAAAAGUCCACAACAGGAAAACCCACCAUGUCUCCAAGAACUGUUGUAAUCACAGGCUGUUCCUCAGGUAUUGGCCUGGCACUGGCAGUCAAACUAGCAAAAGAUCAGUUGAAACGAUUCAAAGUUAUUGCAACAAUGCGAGAUUUAGGCAAGAAGAAACAACUGGAAGACGCGGCACGCGAGACAUUGGACAACAUGCUGGAAAUUAAAGAACUUGAUGUUUGCAGUGAAGAUUCCAUCUGCAAAUGUGUGAACAGUAUUCCAGGACAAAAAGUGGACAUUUUGGUGAGUAAUGCUGGAAUGGGACUCAUCGGACCAGUUGAGUGCCAAAGCUUAGACACCAUGAAAAUGGUGUUUGACACAAACUUCUUUGGUCUGACUCGUUUGGUGAAGGAGAUUUUACCUGACAUGAAAAGAAGGCAGAAGGGCCACAUUGUCGUCAUGAGUAGCGUUAUGGGAAUCCACGGUCUUCUCUUCAACGAUGUCUAUUCAGCAUCAAAAUUUGCUGUGGAGGGUUUCUGUGAAAGUUUGGCAAUUCAAGCCUUAAAAUUCAAUAUAAACAUCAGUCUCAUUGAGCCAGGACCAGUCAUCACUGAGUUUGAAGCCAAAUUGUAUGAGGAUGCUGCUAAAAUGGACCUCUCCAGUACGGAUGAAGAAACAGCAAAAAUGUUUCGGCAACUUUACCUUCCCUAUUCCAAGAAAGUCUUCCAUACUCUUGGACAAACAGCAGACGAUGUAGCCGAGCACACAGUGAAGGUGAUUACAUCCGAAAAGCCUCCGUUCCGUUACCAGACCAACAGUCUGUACACUCCACUCACGACAUUGAAGUUUGCUGACCCAACUGGGAAGCUGCACCUUGACACUUACUACAAAAUGAUCUUCCAACAUGACAGGAUAUUCAAUGCAAGCCUCAGCCUUAUCAAAUUCUUAAGAGGGAGAAGUGGAAACCAGCCGGGAAGAAAACACUCUUGAUUUCAAUCCAGCUCAAAUAUUUGAGUAUUUCCUCUGGGCUUUUGCCUGAAAUGUCAAUUUUCCUGGCCCUCGGAUGCUGCCUGACCUGCUGUGCUUUUCCAGCACCACUCUCAUCUUGACUCUAUUCCUUCUACAGUCUGAUUCAGAUAAUAUGUGUUUGUCACAAAGUUGUUUAGUUUACCCUUAUUCAGGGAAAUAGGGAUAACAAUCAAAGUAACUAACAACGCUUGGUUGAUUCUGGGUUGCCUGGGUUACAACAAUGAUUGAAAUUUCAAAGUGGUUCAUUGGCUAUAAAAUGCUUUGGGGAGUCCUGAAGUCACGAAGGGGGUGAAAAACUCAAAACUUUUCUUUCACUGUUCUAAAACGAGCCCAGACAAUGAUUGUUAAAUGUCUCUAAGAUAAGGAGCAAUAAAGAUGCGUAACUUCAAGUAAUUCUAGUUAUAAAAAGGAAUUAAACAGAAAUAUAGAGCUUUUAUCAAUUUACUUUAAUUAAGAGGAGGCCAUUUUUAAAAAGUCCUACUUUUGGGGCAAUAGCUGACAGGUUAAAUGGUUUCCUUUUCCGUGGUCCCAACUGUGCUCAUAAUGAAAGCAGUGAAACAAACCAGACUUUGAUGACUUCUGUGAAGGAGAAGAUAAAUAGAAGCUGGAGUCUUCAGUAGGUGGGAAGUAUUUGGGAAAGGUAGCUUAACGUUUUAGAUUACAAGUCAAUUAAAAUAAAAACAGCCCUCGGAAAUUGUGAAUGCAAAUCCUUGUUCUCCAUUUACUUUAACAAAUUGCAACUGUCAAGGUAGACAACUUACUCCCUGUGGUAGGAACAAGUCAUACUUCAUUAUUCCUUUUAGAAGCACUUUCCUUCAGAAGACUUGGACCUUGUCUCACUCACCGAAUAAAAGAUGUAUUUAGUGUGCAUGUAUUUCACAGUGGGCGGCACGGUGGCUCAGUGGUUAGCACUGCUGCCUCACAGCACCAGAGACCUGGGUUCAAU